GAAAGGGUUAUAUUAACUGUGGGGAAAACGCAGUUGAACCAAACCAGUUUUCUUUAAGAGGGAAAUUAGGUUAUCUAUUUCUUAGAUUUGAAAUAGCAGACAAAGGCGUUACCCCUUAUGAAUAUAAUGAAGCAACCAACACUGUUAUUGCUCGCGAGGGUAUUAGAAAGUUUAAACCCUUUUUUGAAAGUAUUGAAAGUGGUAAAAAAAGAGACUUGAGAUAUUUAGAGAAUAAUGCAAAGAAGGAAAUAACUUUUUAUGGUGAUGAUAGAAAAACCAUAGAAAAGGCUAUUACUGGUGGAAAAGAGAUUUAUGCUUGGGAAAAAGACCAAGAAAAAAAUGUGGUUGAAAUGGUUAUAAAUGAUUUGCAUAAGAAAAUGAAAAUUACUGAGUUCACUGAGAAAGAAGUUAAUGAGUGGGUGAAUGGUUCGGCUUAUAAACCUAGUGAAGUAGUAGGUUUAAGAGAAUGGAGUGAUGACAAAGCAAAGAAUUUUUUUAUGUUUAAAGAUGAUUCUUAUGACACAGCCGAACAAAAAGUUAAAGAAAUAAAAGAUAAAAUAACCAAUGGCGAAAGUUUUAUGUAUCAUUGCGAACACUGUCAAGAGGCAGGCAAAAGUUCUUUUACAAGAGAUUUUGUUAACUUAAAGACAGGGGUAGCUAUUUAUAAAUUUGAAAAGAAACAACUAGAAUUAUUAGAAAUACAAAAUAAGAACUCGGAUAGAAUAGCUACUCAUUUAUUUGCGAUGAUGUUUGGUUUAAUAUCCAUUAACAAAGAACAAUUUGGAGAGUUUGGUUAUAAUCUCCACAAAAGAGAGGCAAUGAAGAAAGGACAGUUUCCAACUCCUCUCCACAUUUGCGAAUUAAUGGCACUUUUAUUUGUCCCCAAAGAACAAAUAAAAUAUAAUGAAAAGGGUGAAAUUGAUGAUAGUUCUUUUGAAUGGUAUAAGGAUAGAUUAGUUUACGAACCUUGUGUAGGAACUGUUUAUGUUCUAAACAAAGAAGGAAUUCCUUUAAUGCCUUGUCGAAUUAUUAAGGCGAGACACUUACUGAAAUCUAAACGAGCAAAGAUAACAAACUAUCAACCUUUUACUAUCCAGUUGAAUUUUGAAUGUGAAAAUAAAGUUCAAGAUAUUACUCUUGGAACAGACCUAGCUGGUAAGCAAGGUGGAUUAUCGGCAGUAAGUGGGGAUAAAGAACUCUAUUCAGCGGAAUUUAAAAUCAGAGGGCAAGAAGCGGUGAAGUUAAUUUCUACUCGUAGGCAUAUAAUGAGUAAACUAAACUCUCACUUACAAUUGAUUAAAAAGGUUUGCGAGAUUUUGCCAAUAAACAAAACAAUUAUUGAAGUUGCUAAAUUUGACAUUCAGAAAAUGAAAAACCCCCACAUUAAAGGAAUAGAAUAUAGACAAGGCGAGCAAUUGGGAUGGGAAAAUGUUAAGUCUUAUGUAAGAUUUAGAGAUAAAUAUCAAUGCCAAGCAAAAAAGACUUGUAAAAACAAGAACUUUGAAGUCCAUCAUUUAGAAACUAGAAUGACAGGAGGCAAUGCUCCUAACAAUUUUCUUACUCUCUGUAAAGAGCAUCAUCAAGAGGUGACUGAUAAAAAGAGGAAAUUAGAAAUCAAAAGAGGUCAAAGUUAUCGCCAUGCUUCUUAUCUGAAUAUGAUGAGGUUGGAGUUGGUGAAAAGAUUAAAAGAACUAUACAAAAAUGUCCAAACUACCUAUGGAUAUCUUACUAAGUCAGUUAGAAAAGAACAUGAUUUAGAAAAAAGUCAUCGGAUAGAUGCCCUCUGUAUAACCGGUAAUCCCAGUGUAGAAAGAGCGAAAGAAUGGUGGAUAGUAAAACAAGUAAGGAAGAAGAAACGAAGUCUCCAUGAGGCAGACCCACGAAAGGAUAAAGUUAGAUUAGGCGAUGAAGUUGGAUUUAUCAGUGGUUUUGGAGUUGGUAAAAAAGUUGUUUAUGUAAGAGAUAUAGAAAACAAAUCAGUUCAAAUAUCUCCAAAAGAUAGGCAAACAAAUCCCAACUACUUGAAAUUAAUCAACAGAAACAAUAAUUGA